CAGCAGGCGGCUCAGAGAGUGGGGUGCUGGCCCGCAGCGGGAGCUGUCCGUGAGACCUAGUGCUGAAGUAGGCGCAGACGUGCCUGGUGCCCGGGGAGUGAUACCCGGUGCCCAGUGCCCGGGCAAGCGAAGACCAUGACCUUCAUGGUGAAGACCAUGGUGGGCAGCCAGCUGAAGAACCUCACCGGGAGCCUGAGGGGUGGCGAAGACAAGGGGGAUGGGGACAAGUCCGCCGCCGAAGCGCAGGGCAUGAGCCAAGAGGAGUAUGAGGAGUAUCAGAAGCAACUGGUGGAAGAGAAGAUGGAACGUGACACACAGUUCACACAGAGGAAGGCAGAGCGGGCCAUGCUACGGAGCCACUUCCGAGACAAAUACCGGCUGCCCAAGAAUGAGACAGAUGAGAGCCAGAUCCAGAUGGCAGGUGGAGAUGUGGAGCUGCCCCGGGAGCUGGCCAAGAUGAUUGAGGAGGACACAGAGGAGGAGGAAGAGAGGGCCUCAGUCCUCGGGCAGCUGGCCAACCUUCCUGGCUUAGACCUCGGUUCCCUCAAGGACAAAGCCCAAGCCACACUGGGGAACCUCAAGCAAUCAGCUGAGAAGUGCCACAUCAUGUGACUACUUCCCCUGGGGCUGCUCACUGGGGUGAUCAGAGGGCUGGGCCCACAUGAGUGCUAAGAGCAUGCCUCAACUUCCAUGGACCCAUGCCCCACCUUGUCUUCAUUUCCCCUGCACCAGGCUAGUCCCAGGACCCUUGUCUGCUCCAGCCUGCCUUCUCUCCCUCUCCUCUGAGAGUAAAGUCCCCAUUCUCCCCCUACCCUUCAGGACUCAGCCUCCCUACUCAGCCUGGGAAGCCUCCCAAGAUUGUAGGAAUAGGCCCGACUGGCCUUCUCUCGCCAUGACCCCAAAUUCCUGCACAUAGGUGCACCCUUAGAGACACACAGAGGGACACAGAGACCUUGGCCUGUGCAGAGGCAGACACCACAGCUGCAUCCUGCCACAUACAGACACACACAUACACAAGCCAACCCCCUGGUGCCUCAGGCACCAACACUCAGAUAUGCUUAGAGGGGGCUUUCGGCAGACAAACGCAGCAGACAAGAGUUGAGUUUGAGUCUCAACAUUCAUUUUCUUUGAAAUCCAUUGCUCUUUCUGGGCCUCAUUUCAUCAUCUAUAAAAUGAGGAUGAACUCGGUGAUUUUUAAGGUUCUUUCUAGCUUGGCCUCCCUGGCCCCUCGUAGUCAACCCACACCUCUCCUUGGGCAGAGCAGCAGCUGCAGUUAUAGCAUCAAGCAGUUGCCACUGUGGGCUCUGGCUUCUGGCAGCUGAGUGAUGCCAUGGGAGGGACCAAGUGCCAAGGAUGAAGCUGGCAGCGAACAGUAGCCCAGGUGGUUUCAGGCCUUCUCUGAGCCGAGCCCAGGGCCUGGCCUAUUUCUGUUUUCUUCCUGUAGAACUCUCUCUCUCUCUGGAUUCCAUAGUUGGAUCUCCUCACUCAGCUCAGUGAAAAAUAAAAAUUCCAAAUGACAUGCUUAUCUUCGCACUUCUUACUGACCUCCAAGAGUCUUCGGGUUCACAGACCCCCCCAAUCCUUCCUUGGAGUGGUGUCCUCUAUCUCUUCACCACAGCCUCAUGUGGGGCACUAGCCCCUAUAUGAUGUUCAAGCUCCACCCUCUCAGGGCCCUAGGCAGGGGUCCCCCUGCAUUAUCAAGCACCAGGUCAGACUCUGGGCUUUGAGAAUGUGGCAGCCAGCAGGAUGGGCAGGGCCUCUGAGGUGUUACCUGAGACCACAGGAGAGGCCACAGAUCAACCACAGCUGUCUCUGGCAACUCCUUACCUUGGAAAUGGAAGGUAUGACAAAAAGAAGGCAGGACAACUGCAUUCCAGCCCUGGCACUGCUGUGUGACUUUGAACAGGUCCCUUUCCCUCUCUGAGCCUGUUUUCUCCUCU